AUGGCAGCCGCAGCAAGCGUUCCCAAGCACGACGUAGAGACUGUUCUCAAUUACUUCAAGGACAACGAAGAUGGCUCUCCUCCAGAGCCUUCAUACGUGGGAAGGCCCGAGACCUUCCUGCAGCGGCCGGUAGAUGCGCAGCAGGUGACCAUCAAGGACGUUGCGGGAGAAGAGAGCAAGUACACGCUCGACAAGAACGGCUUCCAGAUUCAUCGCCAUACUUCGGUCGAGAAGGACUUUUUGGACGAUGAACAUAUCAAGGCGGUGUAUUACCCGGAAACGGAGCAGCUCCUCAAGGACGUGACCGGAGCAUCCAAGAUCUUCAUCUUCGACCACACUAUCCGGCGUACAAACGCCAACGACAACACCGGCCGCGGCCCAGUCCAGCGCGUGCACAUCGACCAGUCCUACUCCGCGGCCCUCUCCCGCGUGCCAUACCAUCUCCCCGAGCAAGCUGACGAACUUCUCAAGGGCCGCGUCGAGAUCAUCAACGUCUGGCGUCCCAUCAAGCAGAUCCUGCGGGAUCCCCUCGCCAUUGCCGAGGCAGACUCAGUUGCCGAGGAAGACCUCGUGCCCGUGGGCUUGAUCUACCCUACGCGCAAUGGAGAGACGCUCAGCGUGAGGUACAACAAGAACCACAGGUGGUUCUACAAGUCUGGCUUGACGCCGGAGGAGGUGAUUUUGAUCAAGUGCUUCGAUAGCAAGACGGAUGGGAGAGCAAGGAGGGUGCCGCAUACUGCGUUUUCGGACGCGAGUUCGCCUGCGGAUGCGCCGACGAGGGAGAGCAUUGAGGUUCGAGCGUUGGUGUUUCACGAGGAUGACAGGGAGUAG